AUGGCGAGCCCCGACGAGGGUGGCAAAGACAAGCUUCCGGCCGAGGAUGAGGACAAGCGGGCCAAAGAUGAACACAACCAACAGGAAAAGGCGAGCGGAAACAUGUUGGGGCCGUCCUCGGGUGGGGACACCAAGCGAGAGAAGCGUAGGCCAUCGUGGAGGAGCGGGUGCGCCUUGACCGAGCGUUUGGCCAUCAACGUGUCGGGCAUGCGUUAUGAGACUCAGCUGCGCACCGUCGCCCAGUUCCCCAAGUCCCUCCUGGGGGACCCACGGAAGCGGCUGCGCUACUUUGAUCCAAUGCGGAAUGAGCUCUUCCUGGAUCGUAACCGGGUGUGCUUCGAGGCCAUCCUCUACUUUUACCAGUCAGGUGGCAGACUGCGGCGACCCGCCAAUGUGCCUCUUGAUGUCUUCUUGGAGGAGUUACGCUUCUACCAGCUGGGGGAGGACGUCCUGGACCGUUUUAAGGAGGACGAGGGCUUUCCCAAGGAGGAGGAGGAGCGACCUAUGCCCAGCGGGGAGCUGCGACGCCGUCUCUGGAUGCUCUUCGAGUAUCCCGAGUCAUCCAGCGCUGCCCGCAUCAUCGCCAUAGUUAGCGUUCUGGUCAUCAUCAUCUCCAUCCUUAUCUUCUGCCUGGAGACGCUGCCCGAGUUCAGGAACGAGAGGGAGCAGAGAGAGAGGUUAAGCAGCGUUCUUCACUCAGCCGUCAGCAAUGAGUCCCUCCCGACCUCGAUGGUCUUCGGCCCCUUCCAGGAUCCCUUCUUCAUCGUGGAGACCAUCUGCAUCUGCUGGUUCUCCUUUGAACUGAUUAUACGCUUCAGCUGCUCCCCCAGCAAGAUGCACUUCUUCAAAGAUGUCAUGAACACCAUCGACUUCUUCGCCAUCAUUCCCUACUUUGUCACGCUGGGCACAGAGCUGGCCAAGGACAAAGGUGCUCAGCCCUCAGUGUCGCUAGCCCUCAUCCGGGUUAUCCGUCUGGUGAGGGUCUUCAGGAUCUUCAAGUUGUCUCGACACUCCAAAGGUCUCCAGAUCCUAGGCCAGACACUUAAGGCCAGCCUGCGAGAACUGGCCUUGCUCAUCUUCUUCCUCUUCAUUGGCGUCAUCCUCUUCUCCAGCGCUGUCUAUUUCGCCGAGGUUGACCGACCCGACACGGCUUUCACCAGCAUCCCGGAGGCCUUCUGGUGGGCCGUGGUAUCCAUGACAACAGUGGGCUACGGCGACAUGUACCCUGAGACUGUAGGUGGAAAGUUGGUGGGAUCCAUGUGCGCCAUCGCCGGCGUGCUCACCAUCUCGCUUCCCGUGCCCGUCAUAGUGUCCAACUUCAGUUACUUCUACCACCGGGAGAUGGAGCGGGACGACACGACUGAGUACAAACACGUGUCCACGUCCCUCUGGGAAGACGACGAAGAUGAUGAGGAAGAGAUGGACGAAGGGCACGAGGACAAAUGGGAAAGCGUGCCGCUUUACGGAAAAAGCAUGGAAGUGGACGGAGAUCUUGGUGGAGUGAAUUUUCUCCUCAGAAAACCUCUGGUCACUCAGGUGUGA